GACAGAGGUACCUGUCUGUCUCCUGUCUUUCAGACCAGUUUCAGUCAAACUGUCAGAGGAACCUGCAGAAUAUUCAGAGAGUCUGCGGAGAGCUAAGUCAUGAUGUCAGAUACCAGGGUGUCCUCUGUCAUCCAAGAGUGGGCAAACUCAUACCCGGGUCAGGCUCACCCCCACACCCUGAACCCGAACACGCCAACCAAUCAGCUGGCUCAGAUGGACAUGGCAUACAGCCAGUCUCAGGGACUGGUGAGAGGGGGCAGUGAUGACAGAAUGUCUGAGCAGAUGAUGGGACUGUCUUACAUGCCGUACAUGUCUUCCUGCCUCAGCAACACCUUGAGCGCGGGGAACACAAACCACCACCAAAGCAACGCCAACACUCAGCAGGAUUUCUCCUCCUUCCUCCUGCCAACUUUGCGGGCCCCAGUAAACAAGAGGAGCAUCAGCAAGGACAGUGCAGAGUACCGGCUGCGACGAGAGAGAAACAACGUCGCUGUGAGAAAGAGCCGGGACAAGGCUCGCAGGAGGAUCCUGCUGACCCAGCAGAGGGCCAUGCAGCUGCAGGAGGAAAACCAGAAGCUGCAGAUGAGGAUAGGGCAGCUGACACAGGAGCUGGACACUCUCAAACACAUCAUGUCACAGCGGCAUUUGCAGGGGGCUGCUGACGGAGCAGCAGGGGAGUCCAGUAUCUAGAACCACAUUUGUUCCUUGUGUUAAUUGUAGGCAUCAGAUUCAUUAUUAGUGUCUGUAGGCAGGCCUUCAAGUCUCCUUGUUGAUUUUUCAGAUCAGGCAACUAUUUGUAAAAAAAAAAAAAAGUCUCAGUGAUGUAGAAGAAGCACAUUUAAAAAAUGAAGCAUUUUGUGGGGUUGUAAUGCUCAGUGUUAAAGGGGUUAGUUAUAGUUUCAUAUUGUAAAAUUGUGAAGAGGCAAAGCAUAACACACUGGCAGGGCUGAAUCUACCUUUGAGGACAAUGAUGUCAUGUCUUUUUUCUAAUUUGCAGUCAUUUUUGAAACAAUGGGUCUUCAAUUUCACACAGAAGUUAUCAAAAGCAGCUUCUCAUUUCUAACAGAUAACGAUGGUCUUUGGUGGGGCUGAAAUGAUAACUGUCGCUGGCAGAUUUUAUCAGCUGUAGCUAGCUAGUGUAAGCUAAAGCUACCGCUAAAACCCUGUAAAUCGGUUGAAAAUGCCAUCUGCAGCCGACUUUUUAAUGUUUCCAGUUGACUCUUUCUAAACAAAGUGGGUGUUUUAAGCCUUAACAGAUAUUUUUCUUACAUACGGGUAACCUGCAACCCCACUUAAUAAUGCAGUUCACCCCAUGCCUUUGAAAAAAAAAAAAGGUUUUUAUACUGUUGGUAGUAAGCAGCCAAACAUGCUAACAUUUACAGGUUAUGCUCUUGUGGUUUUGGUUUUGUAAAGGCUAAAAAAAGACACACCACCCUCCAAACUUUUAAGAUACAGUGUUUCACUACAGCCCCAUAUGCAUACCUUCUGCGUGUGGAGGCAUCCACAACUUGACAUUUUGCUAUAGUUGGUUGUUGGUAGGUUUAGCAAAUGGUCGAUUAAAUUCCUGGCAGUGUGGAGUAGGCUUUAAAACAGCAUUUCAUGGUGGGAAAUAACAGACAAACUGAAUACAUUUUCUUUAAUUCUAAAUGAUUCUAAAUGAUAGACUUAAUUUUUGGUAUCUGGUCAGACUCUUCUGGGUGAGAAGGGAACAUCCUCAUGACCUCAGUAUUUUUGAAAUUGUGGCUACGGCCUUGCACACUGGACCUUUGAAAAAAACGAAUGAAGCACCUGAACAGGAGACCUUGGAGUCUCAAUAUAAAGUAGGAAGAUGUGUGGUGUUUAUGAAUGUAGAUGUCAUUGCAUAUUUUAAAAUGUGAGUGAAGAGACUGGAGAGCAGAAACUUUAUGUGAGUGGCAGAGUCUGUGCAUAUCAAGAUUUGUGAAACAGCUAGGAGAGGUGGGUUAAGGAUUUUUAGGGAGAACUUGAUGCACCAUUGAUCUAAAAAUCCGUAAUGCUGCACACAUGGGCCCAACAAAAAGUCCCAAAGCUCGAAAGCUGCAUUUACUUAAAUUGAGCAAAUUCCAAAAAAACUUUCCUGAAAGAUCCUGAAGACAUCUGCACAUACAUGCAUAAUCCUACAAAAAGAAGACCACUCUGCGCAUUAGAUAGAUUUGUUAUAUGUUUUGAUUCAACAAAUAUUGCCUAAUCAUACCUGACACUUCUUGUCAUUGUCAGAGAUGAUUGUAAGUGUUGUUGCCCAACAAGGUUACACAACCACCUGUGGUUUGUAGGGGAUUCAAUGAAAUCUAAGCGUCUUUCUUUUUGUAUAUUAUUCUUAUCUUUUGUCACUAAAUGAGUAUGGGAUUACUUGAAAUAUUGUUGACGCAGUUUUAAAUCACCUGUAAUGUUGUCGAAUGUGUUUUGUGAUUUUAUAGUAAUGCAUUGUUAAAGCAAUACUUUUAA